AGUCGUAGGCUUGUUUCAUGAAGCAUUUCCUCUCUGUGGGGGAGCAGUGGGUGGGGCGAAAUGAUCAAAGUUGGUGGAAGGCAAUUCUUUCCAAAGUCCAGAUCUUGAAGUGGCCCCAGAAGGUGUGGACGUGCUUUGGUUUUACUCUUCUCACCUUCCUUAGAGGGAUUUCGAGUUCGAUGGGAACCUUUAUCGGUCAUGUGUACCCAGGGCUGUUUCUACUUUCAUAUGGACUGUAUCAAGCGGUAGCGGUCUCCAAAGCUGUGAUAGUCAGUGACUCUUUCCUGUAUCCCUCAUCCCCUCCCAGGAAUAAGGGGAGAUGGGCCAGGCUGUGGAAAAUAUCCUACGGAGGUUUGCUGAAGAUGCUGGCUGGCUCCGGCUUGAUCGUGUACGAGAUCAGCUGCGUGAAGAGAGGGCUGAUACUGAUGAACAGGGAGCUGCCACCGAGAUUUAUGUACGCCCAAGAGUGGCAGCACCUCACCAUAUUCAUCCUUCUCACCGUCAACGGCUGUGUAGAGGUCGUGAGCAAGAACGUGCUGCCUCAGCGCUGCGUGCCCCUAGAAAAAGGGACCCUGGUGCUGACUUUCUAUGUGCUCCUGCUGUUGCUGGUGUCACAUGCUCAGGACUCAGCAGGGGUGGAGCUGCACGUUCACUCCCUGCUCAUCUUGGUGGUGUUGCUGCUGAUGCUGGUGUUGACCGUACAGCUGUGGGUUCCCGACACGUUUCGACUCUCAGUGAUCGAGACCUUUCUGUUUCAGAUCAUGGGCUCCUGGCUGGUACAGGCCGCCUUCAUUCUUUACAAACCAGUCACUGGCUACCCAUGGCAGGAUGAUGACAUCAAUGACAUCAUGUUUGUCACCACCUUCUUCUGCUGGCAUGUGAUGAUCAAUGCUUUGUGCCUGUUGGGAAUCUAUGGCGUCUCUUCCUUUUGGCAUUGUUAUUACCAACCCAGCUGGAAGCUGAUGGGGUCCAGAGAAGCUCCAUGUUACACGAGCACCGUGGGACCCCUCUACAAAUUGCUGCAGGAAGUGGAGCAGUCAGAGGAAGAUGACCAGGCUCUCCUUUCAAAGAGCUCACCCUGAGACAGGGCCUGGAAUGCCUGGCUCACUCUCCACCCCAUCUGUGUCCUUUGGCUUCUCUCAGACAUGUGCAUUGUGCCCUCCUUGGUCCCCAGUAAAGGUAACGGCCGUGAAGGCGAGCAGCUGGUCUCCCUCUGCUGGCACAUCUCU